CCUUCUCAAUAUAAGAACAAUUCACUCCAAGCCAUGGAGGACUUUUGCAAAUGUAUGGACCAGUGGGCUGAUGGUGAAGGAGACCCUCGUCGACAUGCCUUUAAUCUUGGACAAUUACUCCUAAAAGCAAAUCCAAAUUCUAGGAGCAGAGAUGGAUCCACUCGUGGUAUAUUUAUUAUCGGUGACCAAAGUUCAGCUAAAUCUACCACCGUAAACAGUAUUAUCAAACAAGUUGCGCUACAAAUGGGUAAUAAUACUGUCACUAAAGUCAGAACAUGGAUUGAACAUCGGUACGAUCCGGAUUUAGAGCAUGCAGAGUACGACUUACUAAUACAAAGAAAAAGAGGAAGUGAACCACUCCUUCAUGGUGGUACUCUACAGGAACUAACCGAAAAGUUCACUCGAAUAAAUAAUAAUAUGGAUGAUACGGUGGAAGCUCGAAUUAUCAUUCAUUCCGACAUUCCGUCAUUUGCAAUAGAUUGUUGUGAUAAUCCGGGGCUUACGCCAAUAAAUGAAAGAACGCAAACGAUCACCGACAAUAUUACACGCCAUACGCUGGAAAGGGUUUUGGAACGUCAAAAAUCAAACAAUGAUAGCAUCGUGGUGUUAUGUGUUUCGUCACUGUUCUUUGAAAAUGCAUCUUGGCCACGUCAUAUGGAUUUAAUUGAACAAAUUAAUGGCAAUAAUUUGAUUGUUCUUGUAACAAGGAUGGAUCAACUCAACAUUGGCAACGUUGCUCAGGAGAUUCGAGACGAUGAAGAUAGCAAUUCUGAAGAUAACCACUCUGAGCUUCUUCGCUGCAGCCCUUGGGACAUCCUCAUGCAUAUUCGCUCAAAGAUUGAACGUCAAACUGGUUCCCGUUCCUUUCCAAAUGGCGUGCAGUUUCAUUUUGCGGCAUCCAGUAGUGUCCGUUGGGAUGUUUUAACAGGGCCUGAUGGGUGGGAUGCGUUUGUAAAAUCAGAAGCAGAUAACGAUAAAAAAAUGCGUGAAAUUCUCGGUGUAUGCGACAAUGAAACGAAGUACCUGCAUAAUGAACAAGCAUGGCGUGAACAUGGUAUUGAAUUGAUUCCAAUGGAUCUGAAACAACAAUCAGACUUCAAUGACUGUGUCGGGAUGGCAAAACUAGAGGAAAAAUUACUCCAAACGUUGCAUGUUCAUAUUAUAAAAGCUGCUGAAGAACUUAUGGAUUAUACUUCUGAUUGGAAGAGAGAUGCAAAAAUGAGCCUAGAUAAUGUAACAAAGCGUAUGAAACUUCCUGAUGAUCGAGCAGAAUUGAUCUCUGAGUUUUGCAAACAGUUUAUAUUAGUUUAUCAGACCCUUUUUGCUUCGCCAUUGUAUUCACCAACAAUUAACGCUGACCCUUGGUUGAAAGAAUUUGGAGAAGCAAUCAAGAAGGGACAAGAAAAUAGUGUAGGAUACGGGUGGACAUCUAAGGAUAUGUGGGAAAUCUUUGAAAACCUUAAAGACAGCGAUGGAUACGCUGAGUUUCCACCCCAAGAGUUUUGUGACACAAGCUUUAAUUCCUACAUGGAAGAUAUUGAUAAAUACGUAAAACCUGCUAACGAUUGUUUAUAUACAGCACAAAUGUUAUUACAACGACUAACACAGGAAUAUACCAUGCGAUCCACUUUGAUUCAUUUACGUGAUCUUGAUGUCAGAACAUUUAUUCCACGUCAAGUACAAUUGAGAACAUCAACCCAAUUGAGUUUCGGUCAAGCUGUCGAUCAAAAGAUCAGCGAAGACUACAACCAGAUUUUUCAUAAGCAUGAAAAAAGGAAUUCUGGCGGUCAUCGUUCACAUGAGAUACAUGGAGGUAACCAAUGGGUAUCUGUACUUGGAGCUUUGUGUCUAUUACUGCAUGCGGAAUAUACUAUUCGUAUUAUGCGCGAUACUCGAUUCUCUUCUUUGUUGCAAGCACAAAGUGACGAUCCAAUGCAUGGUAUUCUUGUUUCUAAGUUUGAACGAUACUGGAGGUUGAGAAAAGAAAAUUUAAUGAGGAAAGAAAACUUUAUGGACCAGCAGCGUGAACACAGUGCAGAAAGUCAAAUUGCGACAAUUAUGAAGAAUAUUAGAGAAAAAUCAAAUUCUAAAAGAUUUUCUUCAAAUAAGAAUAAAGUAUCACCAAUCGAAGAUCUGCAUUUAAAUAUGGAUAAAGAUUCUUUUCAGCUUUUUGAAGUAGAUUUUUGA